AUGGGGAACUCCGACGAGCUCAUGAUCUUGUCACCUCUAGUAAGAAGGAAGGAUGUUGAGACGAGGGCGUGGCUUAUUGUUCAAGAGAUUGGAAAGUCACACAUUGAAGAGGUUGGGAAGCAGUCAAUUAUGCGCAGGACAGGAAUUCCAGCACGGGAUCUUAGAGUUCUCGAUCCUAAGCUUUCGUACCCAUCCACGAUACUUGGAAGAGAGCGCGCCAUUGUUCUGAAUUUGGAAAAUCUUAAAGCUAUCGUCACAGCAACUGAGAUGCUCAUUCUGAAUCCAAAUGAUCCUGGUGUUGCGCCAUUUGUCAGUGACCUUGAGCACAAACUCUCUAGUUCUGAUGGCUCCCAACCUAUU